AUGGGCGUGCGGCCGGAAAAUACUUUUGUGUCGGUUUUGAACAUAUUCACCUCGAGGCGUGAAGAUCUACUAGAAAUGUCGUCAGCAGGAGCAACUCGUAAAUGUGCUCAUUCCAUUCGCGCCAUUCAAACUCACAGACAAGAAAGUACGAAAGCCGGCGAAAAACAAAGUCUGCCGUGGCUCCCUAAUGUUGCGAAUCAUCUCACGCUUACUCUGGUGGUUGAACACACAACACAACGCUUACUCUGGUUGGAAGCACACGCCGAUGUAAAUGGCGAGCUUGACUAG